AUGCACCCUCACAGCGGCGUCAAGGGCGGCAAGUGCAUUCGCACUUUCGAGGGCCACAAGGACUUUGUGCUUAGCGUGUGCCUGACGCCCGAUGGCCAGUGGGUCAUGAGUGGCUCGAAGGACCGUGGGGUCCAAUUCUGGGAUCCAGUUACUGGAAAUGCGCAGAUGAUGCUGCAGGGCCACAAGAACUCUGUCAUCUCGGUGGCCCCUGCCCCGACCGGCAACCUCUUUGCAACUGGCAGUGGAGACAUGCGUGCACGGAUCUGGAGAUACUCGACGUACACAGGACGGUAA